CAAGGCAGACAAAGGUUUAUUUGUAAAGAACCUCCUUCUAGCACCUCCUUUUUUCUCCUUUUGCCCAAACUCACCCAGUGAAUUGGAGCAUUUAAGAAGAUUCCUCUGCCAAGAAGACCAAAAGGAACAGAGAAGAAAGGGAGCUGAAAACUGAUGACCAUACAAAAACUGGUCCAUGGAUCUUUACAGCAGCUUUAUUCAUAAUUGCCAAAAAUUGGAAGCAGCCAAGAUUUCCCUGAGGCAAAAAGCCAAAAUGAAAUUUAUAGUACUUGCUGUCACUGUUGGGCUAACUUUGCUGCUAGGAGUCCAUGCCAUGCCUGCCAAUCGCCUCUCUUGCUACAGAAAGACACUAAAAGAUCGCAACUGUCACAACCUUCCGGAGGGAGUAACUGACCUGACAAAGAUCGAUGUAAACGUCCAGGAUCACUUCUGGGAUGGGAAGGGAUGUGAAAUGAUCUGUUACUGCAACUUCAGCGAAUUGCUCUGCUGCCCAAAAGAUAUCUUCUUUGGACCAAAGAUCUCUUUUGUGAUUCCUUGCAACAAUCAUUGAGAAUCUUCAUGUAUUCCAGAGAACAUCAUCUCUCAUUUCCCACAAAUUGCAAUAUGUCGACAUAACUAUAUUUCAAGUUUCUGUCCAGUGCAAUAAAGCAGAUUCCAUAAAUUCCAA